CACGGCGUACGCCAGCUUUCACGUUCACGGUCAGAUGUACUAACAGUGAAAUUAACGUAAGAAUGUGCGUUCUUCCACGUAAACUUCAGGCCUGGCGUACGUAAAUUUUUAUGAUGUUUGUCCGUUGGCGACUCAUAGAGGCAAUAAAGUGAAGUGGCAAACAUUACACUACAAACUGUUCUAUCGCACCUGUCAGAUAUUGCUUAUAAUUUGUAAUUGAUAAAUGAUUUGCCAUAUUAUUGUCACACGAGUCUUAUUAGAAUAUUCUAUUAAUUAUGCAAUUAAGUAAGAACAUAUAUAAAGGAUGUGAAAAUUGAUACAACCCGUCUAGCAAUGGCAGCUUUGGCUUUAUUAGAAGACAUUUUCAAUGGACAAAUCCGGAGAGAACAGGUUUUUAGGGACCACAGUGAUUUUCUGGCCCACGAUGAUGACUGGCUUAUCAGCCGUUUCAGAUUUCCAAGGGCUAUACUCUUGGAGCUCUGCGCUGAGUUGGGUCCGAAUUUGGAAAGAGAGACAGUGAGAAGCCACGCAUUACCCGUUCCUUUACAGGUGCUUACUACACUUGGUUUCCUAGCAACCGGUUCUUUCCAAAGAGAACUGGCAGACCGCUCAGGAAUAAGCCAGUCAUGUUUGAGCCGUGCAAUGCCACCUGUAUGGGACGGCAUCAUCCGCUUGUCUACCAGGUAUAUAACGUUCCCAUACGAUGCAGGUGACCAGCCAAACAUCAAAGCGCAAUUUGCAGCGAUAGCCGGUUUUCCUAAUGUAAUCGGAGCGAUCGACUGCACACAUAUUGCUAUAAAGGCGCCAUCUGAAGACGAAUUUGCAUAUGUGAAUCGGAAACAUUUCCAUUCAAUAAAUGUGCAGAUUAUAUGUGAUGCACAAAUGCGCCUAACAAAUAUUGUGGCAAGGUGGCCUGGGUCAACCCAUGAUUCAUAUAUCCUUACAAACAGCAUGGUUGGGAUGAGACUCCAAGCUGGCAGGGUGCGCGAUGGGUGGCUACUUGGAGACAGUGGUUAUCCACUAAAGACGUGGCUGUUAACCCCCCUCACCAACCCACAAACUGACCGAGAGCGCAGAUACAAUGAUGCCCAUUCCCGCACUCGGUCAGUUGUGGAGCGGGCGAUUGGGCAGCUGAAAUGUCGGUGGCGCUGCCUUGACAGGACCGGGGGGAUGCUGUUAUACCGCCCUGACAAGAACAGCAUGCGUCAAGACACGGCCAGAUGGACGGGCUUCAGCACUGGGGGGAACAUUAGAGACACGGGAGACGCUGGACUGAAUGGGCUCUGGCUGCUCAGGUGGUGCGGACUCGGAGUGCGUGCCAGUGGACGUUCCUGCGGUUCCUAA